AACGCCGCAACCGCCACUCGCCGGCCGCCCGCCGCAGCCCAGGCGUCCCGGCCCCGCUCGCCCGGCCUCCCGCCCCGGGCCCCGCGCUGCAGCCACCAUGGGGCUCCUACCCGAGCCCGGCGCGCGCCAGGGCAGCGGCGCCUCUGCGGGCCGAGCCGGCCGCUGUCCCCGCUCUAUCUUCAGCAACGUUAAGGUGUUCGUGCUGUGCCAUGGCCUGCUGCAGCUCUGCCAGCUCCUGUAUAGCGCCUACUUCAAGAGCAGCCUCACCACCAUUGAGAAGCGCUUUGGCCUCUCCAGUUCUUCCUCAGGUCUCAUUUCCAGCUUGAAUGAGAUCAGCAACGCCAUCCUCAUCAUCUUUGUCAGCUACUUUGGCAGCCGGGUGCACCGUCCGCGUCUGAUCGGCAUGGGGGGUCUCCUCCUGGCUUCGGGGGCCUUUGUCCUCACCCUCCCACACUUCCUCUCAGAACCUUACCAAUACACCAUGACCAGCAUGGGGAACAGCAGCCGUCUCCAGACUGAGCUCUGUCAGAAACACUGGCAGGGCCUGCCCCCCAGCAGGUGCCACAGCAGCACCCAGGACUCCCGGAAGGAGACCAGCAGCAUGUGGGGUCUGAUGGUGGUGGCCCAGCUGCUGGCAGGCAUCGGCACGGUGCCCAUCCAGCCGUUCGGGAUCUCCUAUGUGGACGACUUCUCGGAGCCCAACAACUCGCCCCUGUACAUCUCCAUCUUAUUUGCCAUCUCUGUAUUCGGACCGGCUUUCGGGUACCUGCUGGGCUCGGUCAUGCUGCAGAUCUUUGUGGACUACGGCAGAGUAGACACAGCUGCAGUUAACUUGAGCCCCGGAGACCCCCGAUGGAUAGGAGCCUGGUGGCUGGGCCUGCUCAUUUCCUCAGCCUGCCUGGUUGUUACCUCUUUCCCCUUUUUUUUCUUUCCUCGAGCAAUGCCCAGAGGAAUGGAGAGGACUCCCACCAUAGCAGAUGAGGCAAGGAAGAUGGAAGAGGCCAAGUCAAGAAGCUCCCUGGUGGAUUUCAUUAAACGGUUCCCCCGCAUCUUCCUGAGCCUCCUGAUGAGCCCGCUCUUCAUGCUGGUGGUCCUGGCCCAGUGCACCUUCUCCUCCGUCAUUGCCGGCCUCUCCACCUUCCUCAACAAGUUUCUGGAGAAGCAGUACGGCGCCUCCGCGGCCUAUGCCAACUUCCUCAUCGGUGCUGUGAACCUCCCUGCUGCGGCCUUGGGGAUGCUGUUUGGAGGAAUCCUCAUGAAGCGUUUUGUUUUCUCUCUGCAAACCAUUCCCCGUGUGGCUGCCACCAUCAUCACCAUCUCCAUGAUCCUCUGUGCCCCUCUGUUCUUCAUGGGCUGCUCCACACCAGUCGUGGCAGAGGUCAACCCCCGCAGCACAUCAAGUUCUAUACAUCCACAGCCUCCCGCCUGCCGCAGGGACUGCUCGUGCCCAGAUUCCAUCUUCCACCCGGUCUGUGGAGACGAUGGGGUUGAGUACCUCUCCCCUUGCCAUGCUGGCUGCAGUGAAAUCAACGUCAGCUCUAUAGUCUCCAAGCAACCGACCUACUCGAACUGCAGCUGCGUGAGAGGAGGAUCCGCUUCAGCAAAGACGGGCCCGUGCCCCAUCCCCUGCGCCCACUUCCUGCUCCCGGCCAUCUUCCUCAUCUCCUUUGUGGCGCUCAUAGCCUGCAUCUCCCACAACCCUCUCUACAUGAUGGUGCUGCGCGUGGUGAACCAGGAGGAAAAGUCAUUUGCCAUCGGAGUACAGUUCUUGCUGAUGCGUCUGCUGGCCUGGCUGCCGUCUCCAGCCCUCUACGGCCUCACCAUCGACUACUCCUGCAUCCGCUGGGGCGCGCAGUGCUCUGGAAGGCGAGGGGCCUGCAUCUACUACGACAACGACGCUCUCCGAGACAGGUACCUGGGCCUGCAGGUGGGCUACAAGGCUCUGGGCACGCUGCUGCUCCUCUACAUCAGCUGGCGGGUGAAGAAAAACAAGGAGUACAACGUGCAGGAGAAGGCCGCCAGCCUCAUCUGACGGGUGACCUCGGCCGCCGCUCUGCUCUCGAGAACGGACCCUGCCCCGCACCUGCCCACAUUUACUAACGUUAACACGGCAUCUCCUUUUCAUUUCUUAAAUAAGAGAGAAAACCCCACCAACAUUUGCCUUCCCUGUCCCCCCCUCCCAGAGCACCCCAGGGUCCCUUGGGGCUGCUGUGCACCUGGGCGAGGGGGGGCACAGAGCUGGUGGGCUGGGUCUUCCCUGGCCCCUUGGGAGGGGCCCCCAGAGGCCCAGGCUCAUCCUGCGCAGUAGGGAUGCUCACUGAGGCAGCUCUGCACCCCCAGCCCCGUAGUGGGUGGUUUCCCAGGCGGAGAGACCUCUGGGUAUCUGCCCAGAGGAAGAAGGGAGGGCUGAGCUCUUACUGGCCAGAACCAGGCUAGGGGAGGGGGAGGCUGGCUGCAGCCCCCUCUGCCUCCAGGUUCGGCACCAGCACAGAACCCAGGAGGGGCUGGCUCCCUUCCCCUCAGAUCCUCACUUCCUGCCCCGAGAGGCCACUUUGGAAGCUUCCCCGUUGGGAAGUACAGCCAGCUGUUCCCCUCUCAGUUACCCACGCUCAGGCGCCAGAGCUGGGACUGACACCCAAGGAUGGGCCAUCCAAAUGCCGUUCACGUUAACUCUAGGCCCUUCCGUACACGGGUCUGUGCAUGUUUAUCUCUGUCUUUCUGGGGGUAUAUCUCGAACUAAGAAUGCCACGCUGUGGUGAAGACCUGUGGCCGGCUGUGGAUAGCCGUGAUGCCCAGGCCCCACUCCACGGUGUGAGGACAGGACUCGUCAUCUCAGAGUGGUGGGAAGAACCCCUCCCCCACAAGCCUCCCCAGGCGCAGAUGAGGUGGCUUCACAUGGGCUCCCUCAUCUGGACUUUAGCCUGUGUGUCACGGAGUAAAGGGAGGCCAUCAGGGAUGUCUGCAAAACAGGUGAUGAAGCCCAGGGAAUGUCAAAAGCUGCCAGGCUGCUCGGCCAUCUGCAGCCCACAAAGUAGAGGCCCGAGAGGUUGACUCUCCUGGUCCUGAACACACUCAUCAGCAUUUUCUCAGCCUCUUCUCACCGCCUCCAGAGGGGUGAGCGCCUUCUCCGGACUUGGGCUGAGAGGCGCUGCUGCUGUGGGUGCAGGUUCAGAGUCAGAAACCAGCAAGGGAGGCCUUUCAUCCACAAGUAUUUUAUUUAUUGGAGACCGACCUUGUGCAAGGCGGCGCUGGCGCGUGGUUCUCCCGGAGCUUCCCCGCCCUCCAUCUACACUAAGGCCUCCUCCCAGAGUGGGCUCACUGGGCAGGGCUGGGACUGCACAAGCAAGAACCCGGAGACUGUCAACAAGACCUUGACCGUCCACGCCCCAUCGGACUGAGCCCGCUCCUGGCCUUUACCAAACAGGGAGCUGACUCGCCAUGCCCUCUGGAGCACUUGGACAUUGGUUGUGGCCACAUGCAGAUCUCUUGAGUGCCACUGCUCUUGGAAGACCCGUCCAGAAGCCACCUCCAGAAAGGCCUCAUAUGGUGGAAUGUCAACGGCCACACUGCCAUGGGACCGAAGUCUUUGUGAAAGCCACUGUCGCAGACAGCCUGAUUCCAAAGCCACCAGCUCUAUUUCCACAGAUCUCACUCUGGAAGGGAGGCUCUAUGCAACCUCAGGCCCUUAAAUGGCCUGCUUGGAAAAUGAUUCCCUGCAACUAACCCUGGUCCUUCUCGCUGCCAUUUAACCAAAUUCUGAAGGCACUAUCUUCAGCUGAGCUCAUGAAGAAUGAAUGCCAACCUUCAGAUUCUGGAAGAUGGUUGCCCUCCCAAGCCUUUUUUUCUAUUAUGAUAUUGCUAUUAAUAUAUUAUAAUUCUGCUGUUGAUAUAAUUUGGUCAUGAAUUUGUACUGUCAUGUAUAUUGGCUAGAGAGCAGACAGAACCUAUACCUUCUGGCCAGAGGAGCUGCCCCUGCCCCAACCCUUGGGGGCCCAAGGCCAUGGGGAUGGGAAGUGAUGCUACUCUAACCCAUCAUCCUGGUACAGAGCAGCAGCAGGUACCUCUUGUCCCUUCAGUGAAUCUCUGCAGGUGACUGUCAAGACCCCACAGUGCUGGGCUCUCAGGAGCCCUGAUCCCUGCCCUUGAGUUUAUAUGCAGAAGUGGGGUUGGACAUGG